UCGCUACAGAGAUGCUUCAUUAAGCGUGUCUACGGCUAUCGCUGCGGAGACAUCACUACUAACAACGAUGUGCACAUUAAUUGAGGUGGGAUUAUACCGCCAGCUACUUUUGAGGACUUUAGUAUAGCCUCAUAACUGAAAUACAGAGUUGUUAACACUUAAUUGCAAUCCAUGUUCUCUAAAAGUGCUUUUUUCUUUGCACAGAUGGCGUUUGAGGCGCACACUUGUGGACUAUUUUGGGUUCAUGGCACAAAGACUAUCUUACUUUAGUUUGGUGGGACUAAAUGUGUAGGAGAUCUGUGCACACGGACGCUGUCAUGAAUUAUCCUUACAUCGUGAUUGAAGUGGUCAUCGCGGUGCUGUCGAUCGCCGGUAAUGUGCUGGUGUGCUGGGCAGUCUCCAUAAAUAGCACUCUAAAAAACGCCACGAACUACUUUCUGGUGUCUUUGGCGGUGGCGGACAUCCUAGUGGGGUGUUUGGCUAUACCCUUCGCCAUCAUCAUCAGCAUAGGCAUUGACUUGGACUUCUACGGGUGCUUGUUCCUCGCGUGUUUCGUUCUGGUACUGACGCAGAGCUCCAUCUUCAGCCUGUUGGCCAUCGCGAUAGACCGAUACCUGGCCGUCAAGAUACCACUCAGGUACAAGGAGCUGAUGACGGGAAAGAAAGCCAGGGAAAUCAUAGCUAUUUUAUGGAUCUUAUCUUUUGUCAUUGGUCUUAUUCCUUUCUUUGGCUGGAACCGAAAAAACAGGAGCUGUCUCAAUGGCACCUCCGAACUCAUCAACACUACAACUAUGAAAGCCACGGAAGGUCAAAAAGCAGCAAAGUUACUCUACAGCUGCAAACUGGACUGUUACUUUGAAAGCGUGGUGGACAUGGACUACAUGGUCUACUUUAACUUCUUUGUCUGCGUGCUGCUCCCCCUGCUGAUCAUGUUGGGGAUCUACCUGAAGAUUUUCACCGUAGCCCGCAAGCAGCUAAGACAGAUCGAGCUAAAAUGUGUCGGUAACGGAGAGAGCCAUAACCACGGACUGCUGCAAAAAGAAAUCCGUGCUGCAAAAUCAUUGUCAAUAAUCGUAGGCUUAUUCGCGGUGUGCUGGUUGCCUGUGCACAUUCUCAACUGCCUAACCUUGUUCUACAAGGACCUCGAGAAACCAGUUGAUGUCAUGUUUGUUGCGAUUAUUUUGUCCCAUGCAAACUCUGCCGUAAAUCCCAUUAUAUACGCAUACAGGAUUCAGGAUUUUAGGAACACGUUUCGGAAAAUCCUGGAGCAAAAUUUUCUCUGCCGCAAAGAGGAGCUAUAUCUAAGUUCAAAUGGCAGCAAACGUAACAAAGACCAAAUCCACAUGACGAUAGACCCUCUGCUAUAGUGGCACGCCACUUCUUCAGUUUUGUUUACAAAAAGGGUUUGAUAUGUGAAUUCAAAAGACGCCUUGAAUGUUUAUUUAUUAGUAUCAGGGCUCUGAAAAUGGUCUUACCUUUGUAUUGUAAAGGUUUUUUUUAUGGCUAACUGGAUUUGUAAACCUGUGAAUAGUAUCCAGACUUUACUAUAGACCCUUUUAAAAGCGACGUCAUCAAAAUGUUCAAAAUUCUGAAGUGGAGGCAAAAUGAAGCAGACCAUAAAUAU